AUGGCUGACAGAUGGUGCGAGACUUUCGGAGAACAGCGUGGGACAAGGCUGCAGUUUGAGACCUUCAACUUGUAUCAUGCGAAUCAUUGGAUCAUCAAACCAGCCACCGACGGCUAUGCGAAAAAGGGCUGCAGCAUGGUAGAGCUCAUGGCGAUUCAAGUUCAGAGACCUCAUUGGUUUGUGUCACAUGCUUGGAUCGAGCCUGUUUGUAAGUUUCUGGCCUGCUUGGAGCAGCAUGCUCUGGUGCGAGAACUCUCAAGCAGUACAUUCUAUUGGGUCUGUGCAUAUGCCAAUAACCAGCACUGCGUGGAAGAAGAUAUCAAAAGCAACCCGCGCAGCACUUCAUUCUACAGAGCUAUGCAGAUGUCUGAGGGAGUUCUUUUGGUGCUGGAUUCAGCUGGAACGCCUUUCGAAAGGUCCAGUGUACCCACUGCAGUGGCACCUGGCACGCCGCAACUGGAGAGACGUUCUGAAAAGACUGAGGCACCAGAAUUCAGUCCAGCCGGAGUCGCCAACGUUAUCAAAGUCACCUUGAAGUUCACUGCGGCAGCUGGUCGAAUGCCCAGCACUGCGCGAUUGACGAGUUUCGAGAGUCGUGGGGUGAGGCUUGGUAUUCUAAGAGAAACCCGGGUCCACCUUCCCUGUCCCAGAGAGAUGUUGAGGUGCAUUUUGCCACCAACUCUGCCAGAGGACUUCAUUGCAGUGGUCCUGGAAGAGAGCACCUGCUCCUAUGGAGGCCGGAACCGGAGGAAGUCUGAGGGGCGAGACUUUGGUGUUGAGGCCUUACGAGAUCGCUGGCGUCAUUUGACAGAUCUUGGACGGUAAAAAAGAGAGAGUAAAA